CAUGCUCUCCGAGUGCCCCGCACUAACAUGGUCGCAGCCUCCGUCAGCGCGGUCGCCGCGAGCCGGCCGUUGGUGGGCAUGCUCCCUGAGUGCCCCGCACCAACAUGGUGGUCGUCUUCGCUGGGCUGACUUUAAUUCUCGGUGUUCGGUUAUAGCCGGCCGCCGCUUAUUUCUCUUCGGAAAGCUCGGAGCCUGUGGUGUAGUCGGGGAAGGGAGGGUGGGUGCGGGGAGUGAAAAGUGAGAGGGGACUACAAGCAUCCCGACCGGCUCCUGGCGGGAGCAAGAUGGCUGAGAGCGAACGGCAGUCGCCGCCAGAUUCUUCGGAGGAGAUCCCUCCAGCCACUCAGAACUUCCUUAUUCCGAAAAAGGAGAUCCACACAGUUCCAGACAUGGGCAAAUGGAAGCGUUCUCAGGCAUACGCUGACUACAUCGGAUUCAUCCUCACCCUCAAUGAAGGUGUGAAGGGGAAGAAGCUGACCUGCGAGUACAAAGUCUCUGAGGCCAUUGAGAAACUGGUUGCCCUUCUCAACACGCUGGACAGGUGGAUUGAUGAGACUCCUCCGGUGGACCAGCCCUCUCGAUUUGGGAACAAGGCCUACAGGACCUGGUAUGCCAAACUCGACGAGGAAGCAGAAAACUUGGUGGCCACAGUGGUCCCCACCCACCUGGCAGCUGCUGUGCCUGAGGUGGCUGUUUACCUAAAGGAGUCUGUGGGGAACUCCACGCGCAUUGACUACGGCACAGGGCAUGAAGCAGCCUUUGCUGCUUUCCUCUGCUGUCUGUGCAAGAUUGGGGUGCUCCGAGUGGACGACCAAAUAGCUAUUGUCUUCAAGGUGUUCAAUCGGUACCUUGAGGUUAUGCGGAAACUCCAGAAAACAUACAGGAUGGAGCCAGCCGGCAGCCAGGGAGUGUGGGGCCUGGAUGACUUCCAGUUUCUGCCCUUCAUCUGGGGCAGUUCGCAGCUGAUAGACCACCCGUACCUGGAGCCCAGGCACUUUGUGGAUGAGAAGGCCGUGAACGAGAACCACAAGGACUACAUGUUCCUGGAGUGUAUCCUGUUUAUCACUGAGAUGAAGACUGGCCCAUUUGCAGAGCACUCUAACCAGCUAUGGAACAUCAGUGCUGUCCCCUCUUGGUCCAAAGUGAACCAGGGUCUCAUCCGCAUGUAUAAGGCCGAGUGCCUGGAGAAGUUCCCUGUGAUCCAGCACUUCAAGUUCGGGAGUCUGCUGCCCAUCCAUCCUGUCACGUCGGGCUAGGAGGGGCCAAGCCACUCAGGCCUCAGUUCCUGGGCCCGCCUUCCCCACCCCAGCCACGGCCCCCUCCCUCCCCCUCCCUCUGUUCUUUCUGUUUGAUGAGAGGCUGUUUACUGGGGUGGGGUGGAGAGCGCAGGAUUGAGGGGGGCUCGGAGCAUAAGGCUGAAGGACCCAAGCUGGGAGAAGUGACCAAAGUGUGGCCAGUUUCCUGACCUCCCCUGUGGUGGCCGGGCAAGAAGACAGGGACUGGGCCCUGUCCUGGCCUCCUCUCCUCCCUUCUCUCCUGAUGGUCUCAUUUUGAGAGCAGGGGCUGUGCUGCAGCUUGCGGGGAGGGGAAGGUGUCGCCGCUUCCACUGCUUUCCCUUCCCACAGCCGAUGCCUUUCCGAGGGUUGCAGCAGUUGGUCCUCUCAGGGCGGGUCAGUUUCCAAGCCAUGUCUGG